GCCAAACAUUGGCCACUCAAGAAACUGGUGGUUCCCUGUACCUCUAUGUGUGUAUUUUUGACAGUUGUGUAUAAAAAACCAGUCUUUUUUUUCUUUCUUGAUAAGAUGAUAAUACCUAUUACCCUUCAAGAACUGCACCAUUAGACUAUUUCCAAUUGUGGGGUUCUCCUUUUUUCCAUUUUUGAUGAGGCCAUGGAUUGAUUCUUGAGCUAUGGAGUUUCAUAAAAAAUGGGUGGGGAUUAUUUUAUGUUAUUAAAUGAGUUAAAGCUUCAAUUUUUUCCAUUGAUAAUACCUACAUGAUAGUUAGGGUAGGGUUCUUGGUUGCUGCUUCUAUAGCUGCUUAUGCAGUUAAGCAGAUAAAUGUAAAACCCUCAAAGCCAUCAUCUGACCCUUUAGACAAGAAUUCAGAAAAUGGUGAACCAUUGCUUGAACAACGAGGAGGCGAAGGGUAUGAAAAGGAGCAGCUCUUGUAUUCGACGGAUGGCCUCAAAGAAGUGGUCGAUGAGGAAGAAGAGAAAGAAGAAGUUAAAUUAAUCAAUGGAAUUAUAAAUUCAGCACAGGGUAACCAGAUUGAUCUUGAUGAUGAUCUUUUCCCUGAAUUCGAAGAUCUUUUAUCUGGGGAGAUUGAAUUUCCAUUACCAAGUGACAAGUAUGAUACAGGAAGAGAAGAGAGAGAGAAGAUUUACCAAACUGAGAUGGCCAACAUCUCGAAUGAGCUUGAAAGAUUGCGAAACCUUGUUAAGGAACUCGAGGAAAGGGAGGUGAAGCUUGAAGGGGAGUUGCUUGAGUAUUAUGGUUUGAAGGAGCAAGAAUCGGAUGUUCUCGAGUUACAAAAGCAGCUCAAGAUUAAGUCUGUUGAGAUUGACAUGCUCAACAUCACGAUAAAUACGUUACAGGCCGAGAAACAAAAGCUUCAAGAGGAGGUUUUUCAUGGAACUACUGCUAGGAAAGAUCUAGAAGCUGCUAGAGGCAAGAUUAAGGAGCUGCAAAGGCAGAUGCAACUCGAAGCUAACCAAACAAAAGCUCAGUUGUUGUUGCUAAAACAGCAUGUUACUGGACUUCAAGAAAAGGAAGAGGAAGCUUUCAAGAGAGAUUCCGAGGUUGACAAGAAGCUUAAACUUGUGAAGGAGUUGGAAGUGGAGGUUAUGGAGCUUAAGAGGAAGAACAAAGAACUUCAGCACGAAAAGAGAGAGUUGGUUAUUAAAUUGGAUGCUGCUGAAUCUAAAAUAGCAAACUUGUCUAAUAUGACGGAGAAUGAAAUGGUUGCCCAGGUGAGGGAAGAAGCAACUAAUUUGAAGCAUACAAAUGAAGAUCUUCUAAAACAAGUAGAAGGACUUCAAAUGAACAGAUUCAGUGAAGUUGAAGAGCUAGUGUAUCUUCGUUGGGUCAAUGCAUGCUUAAGAUUUGAACUUCGGAACUACCAAACACCUCAAGGAAAAGUAUCCGCUCGUGAUCUCAGUAAAAAUCUGAGCCCAAGAUCUCAGCAAAAGGCCAAACAGUUGAUGUUAGAAUACGCAGGAUCAGAACGAGGCCAAGGAGAUACAGAUCUCGAAAGCAAUUUUUCUCAGCCAUCUUCUCCCGGUAGUGAAGACUUUGAUAAUGCUUCUAUUGACAGUUCCACUAGCAGAUUUAGUAGUUUCAGUAAGAAGCCCAACUUAAUCCAGAAGUUGAAGAAAUGGGGCAGCAGAGGUGUUAGAGACGAUUCUAGCAUUAUGUCUUCACCAGCAAGAUCUCUUGGGGGAGCAUCUCCUGGUAGGAUGAGUAUGAGCGUUAGACCAAGGGGCCCGCUGGAAUCUCUAAUGCUUAGGAACGCGGGUGAAGGUGUAGCCAUCACUAGUUUUGGAACAGCUGAUGAAUAUGAUUCCCCCGACACACCAAAGCUUCCACCGAUUAGGACACAAGAAUCUUCGUCUGAGGCACUGAAUUCAGUUGCAUCAUCAUUCUCUCUAAUGUCAAAAUCAGUGGAAGGAGUUCUAGAUGAGAAGUAUCCGGCAUUCAAAGAUAGGCAUAAGCUGGCAGUAGAACGAGAGAAGACAAUUAAAGUUAAAGCCGAGCAGGCAAGAGCAGCAAGGUUUGAGAGGUCCUUGCCUCCAAAACUUGCUCAACUGAAAGAGAAGCCGGUAUCCCUUGCGGGGUCAGUACCAGUUUUGCCGGUGGUCUCUUCCACUGGUGACUCAGCAGAGCAGUCUGGUGAUAGCAAAACCGACUCUCAAGCGGUGAGCAAAAUGAAAUUUGUUAAUAUUGAGAAAAGACCUACUAGGACUCCUCGUCCACCUCCUAAACGAUCAGGAGGUGGUACGGCUCCAGCUGGUAAUAAUGUUACAGGAGGAGCACCUGGAGGUCCACCUCCACCACCUCCUCCGCCUGGUGCUCCACCACCGCCACCGCCACCUGGCGGUGGACCUCCUAGGCCACCACCUCCUCCUGGAUCUCUAAUGAAAGGAGGAGCUGGAGGUGAUAAGGUCCAUCGUGCUCCUGAAUUAGUUGAAUUCUACCAAUCAUUGAUGAAACGCGAGUCCAAGAAGGAUACAUCAUCAGCUUUGAUAACCGCUACUUCAAGCACAUCAGAUGCAAGAAGCAACAUGAUCGGGGAGAUAGAAAACAGAUCCACAUUCCUCUUAGCUGUGAAAGCUGAUGUGGAAAGUCAAGGUGAAUUUGUCGAGUCAUUGGCAACUGAAGUUCGUGCUGCUUCUUUUACCAAUAUUGAGGAUCUAGUGGCAUUCGUGAACUGGCUAGAUGAAGAACUCUCCUUCUUGGUUGACGAACGAGCUGUCCUCAAGCACUUUGACUGGCCUGAGGGUAAAGCGGAUGCGUUGAGAGAGGCUGCCUUUGAAUAUCAAGAUCUAAUGAAACUAGAAAAGCAAGUAACCACCUUUGUAGAUGACCCAAAUCUCCAAUGUGAUGCUGCUUUGAAAAAGAUGUACAGGUUGCUUGAAAAGGUGGAACAGAGUGUAUAUGCACUAUUGCGUACUCGCGAUAUGGCUGCAUCACGAUACAGAGAAUUUGGCAUUCCUACUGAUUGGUUGCAAGAUUCAGGUGUUGUUGGCAAGAUAAAGCUUUCAUCAGUACAAUUGGCGAGGAAGUACAUGAAACGCGUAGCAUCAGAGCUUGAUGCCAUGGAUGGACCCGAGAAGGAACCAAAUAGAGAAUUUUUGAUUCUACAAGGGGUUCGUUUUGCUUUCAGAGUUCAUCAGUUUGCUGGAGGAUUUGAUGCUGAAAGCAUGAAGGCGUUUGAAGAACUAAGGAGUCGUGUUCAGUCACAAACAGAAGGAGAGAAUACACAAGAACCAUGAGAGACUUUGUAUUUUGGUUUUUGUCAUUGUAUAUUUCAUCAUUUUCUCCAAGUAUAGCAAACAUAAUCUAUCUUGGACAUUUGUACAAUUCAAAAGGUUCAACUCAAGGAGAAUAUCAGAUAACACAGAUUAGUUAAAAAGAAGUUGCAGGAAUAAACAUUGUAGGGGAAAAAACUUAAGAGAACUUCACUAGACAAUGAGUGAAUUUUGGAACUCCAUAUUCAUCAAUUCAUGAUAAGGAAAUAAAAUGCAGUAAGGCCAAGAAGAUGUUA